AUGAACGGCGACACCUAUUCAUCCAGAGAUACUGGCCGUUCGCGCGAUUAUUAUCGCGACGAGCGGCGAGAGCGCGACAGAGGUGACCGAGGUGACCGAGGUGAUAGGGGUGAGAGGGGUGAGAGGGGUGAGAGGCGGCGGUCGCGGUCUCCCCAUUACGGCCGGAGCUCGCGACGCGAUUACGAGUCCAACUCGUACUCGUCCAGUCGAGACUACCGUGCCCGGGAACGUGAAGACCGCUACUCCAGUCGGAGAGAUGAUCGAGAGUGGGACCGAGACCGUGGUGACCGUGGUGACCGUGGUGACCGUCGACGACGGGACUUUGAUGAUCGCCCUCGACGGGACUUGUUCGAUGAGCGACCCCGACGUGCCGACCGAGACCGCGGUUUCGGCGAUCGCGAACGUGAGCGAAGAGACCGGAAGAGAAGCGCUACACCCCCACGCCGCAAGGAACCCACGCCGGAUCUGACGGAUGUCCCCUCUGUGCUGCAGAGGAAACGCCGCUUGGUCCAGUGGGACAUCAAGCCCCCGGGUUAUGAGAAUGUGACGGCGGAACAGGCGAAGUUGUCUGGAAUGUUCCCUCUCCCCGGUGCACCUCGCCAGCAGCCCAUGGACCCUAGCCGUUUGCAAGCGUUUAUGAACCAGCCUGCCGGUUCAACCGAAAGCACGGCCCUCAAGCCUUCCAACUCCCGCCAGUCUAAGCGUCUCUUCGUCUACAACAUACCCUCUGGCGUAACGGGAGAUGGUGUGAUUUCAUUUUUCAAUCUGCAGCUGAACGGUCUGAACGUGAUCCACAGCGUCGAUCCGUGCAUUUCAGCCCAGAUUUCCGAAGAUCACUCGUUUGCGCUCUUGGAGUUUAAGUCGCCCAACGACGCAACGGUUGCCCUCGCUUUCGAUGGAAUUGCCAUGGCCGAGGGGGCAGACAAGGGACUUGAGGUGCGACGGCCAAAGGACUACGUUGUCCCGGGUGGAAGUGCAGAGCAGGAAUACCAGGAAGGCGUACUGCUGAACGAGGUGCCGGACUCGCCGAACAAGAUCUGUGUCUCCAACAUCCCAGCCUUUAUCCCGGAGGAGCCUGUCACAAUGUUGCUGAAGUCCUUCGGCGAGCUCAAAUCUUUCGUCUUGGUCAAAGAUGCGUCUACGGAGGAGUCGAGAGGAAUUGCUUUCUGUGAAUAUGUUGACCCGAAUGCUACUACCAUCGCGGUGGAAGGUCUAAAGGGCAUGGAACUGGGCGAUCGGCAUCUCAAGGUCGCCCGCGCCAGUAUCGGAACCACGCAGGCUUCCGGUCUGGACAUGGGCGUCAACGCCAUGUCUAUGUUUGCCAAGACCACUUCGCAAGACCUGGAGACCAGUCGGGUGUUGCAACUGCUGAACAUGGUGACGUCGGACGAACUCUUGAACGACGAUGACUACGAAGAAAUCUGUGAAGAUGUGAACGAUGAAUGCUCAAAGUUCGGAAAAGUCCUCUCUCUGAAGAUUCCCCGACGCGGCCUCGGCGCAGGCAAGAUCUUCGUCAAGUUCGAUACCACCGAGUCUGCCAUCGGUGCCCUCAAGGCGCUUGCGGGACGCAAGUUCUCGGAUCGGACGGUGGUGGCCUCGUACUACGGCGAAGAAAACUUCGAUGUGGAUGCAUGGUAA